AUGGAUUGUGAAUACACAAACAGCCAAGAUGUACUGAUUGACCUUAUCAUUGCUGGUGUUCGACAUAAAAAGGUUCAGGAAAGGUUAUUAGACCAGGGUCAAGACAUCACACUGGACAAGGCUAUACAGACAGGACAACAACAUGAACUGUCCCAAGCACAAGUGAAACUGAUGAGAGGAGAGGAAGUACUGAAAGUUACAAAGGAAAAGAAACGACCUCCACCUACAAAAUUCAGUAAAUCAAAGCCACAAAACUACACACAAAACUAUAGGAAAUGUGGACGCUGUGGUCUCGAGCAUGAAAUGGGAAAAUGCCCAGCAAAGGGAUCUACAUGUAACUACUGCAAAGGACGUGACCAUUGGAAGAAAAUGUGCAUAAAGAAAACAAGAAACAAAGUACACAGUAUCCAGUCAGACCCAGAAUUUGAGAUAGCAUCAGAAGAUUAUGACAGUGAACUCUUAACUAUAAACACUACUAGCUAUAGUGACACUGAUGUAAAUGUCAUACAUGACAAAUGGAUUGCAAAUCUCAAAAUACAAGGACAAAAUGUAAAGUUUAGAAUUGAUACCGGAGCAAGGGUCGACAUCCUUACAAAGAACCGGACUCAGAAACUAUCUGGACUCGGUGAGAUUAAGGAGUCUCACAGGACACUUAAGUCAUUCAGCAAUCGCAAGAUAAAGCCUGUUGGAUCUGUUACCGUGUCUGUCACUCAUGGUACCCAGGAAGUGGAUAUCAAUUUUGAAAUAGUGGACAUUGACCAAGAGAACAUUAUAAGUGCUGAGGAUGAGUUAACUCGUGACUUUCCCGAUCUGGUCAGAACUACAGGUACCCUCCCAGGGGAGAACAGUCUCUCUAUCGACGAGUCUGCAAAAGGUGUCAUUCACCCAACACGUAAAUUACCAGCAGCUAUUAAGCCUAAAGCUAAAGAGAAACUCAGAGAAAUGGAGGAAAACGACUAUAUUACCAAAGUGGACAAGCCGACUGAAUGGGUUAGUUCGAUGGUAGUCAAUGUCAAAGGAGACAAGAUCAGAAUAUGUAUUGAUCCACGAGACCUUAAUAAGGCUAUACGACGGGAACACCACCCCAUGAAAACCAUUGAGGAAGUCAUAACAGAUAUUCCGGAUGCCAGGAUAUUUUCAGUUCUGGACGCAAAGUCAGGUUUUCUACAGAUUAAGCUGGAUGAGGACUCAUCAUACCUUACAACAUUUAAUACGCCUAUAGGACGGUACAGAUGGCUCCGUCUACCGUUUGGAAUAAAAUCAGCCCCUGAAAUCUACCAGAAGAUUAUGGACAACAUGAUUGAGGGCAUAGAUGGUUCAUUCGCCAUUAUUGAUGACAUCCUGAUAGCAGGAAAAGACAUCGAGGAUCAUGACCGGAUUCUACGUGAAGUUGUAGAACGUGCAACCAGUUACAACUUGAAGUUGAACUUUCAAAAGUGUAAAGUGCGCCAAAGGUCAGUACCAUACAUGGGACAUGUCAUUACAGAUUGUGGACUGAAACCGGAUAUGGAGAAAGUACGGGCUAUCACUGGAAUGCCUACACCUGAAGAUAAGGAAGGAACUCUUUGUAGUGAACCCCCAGUUCUAGCAUUCUAUGAUGUGAGAAAGCCAGUUGAAAUUGAUGCGACGCAAGUAAAGACGGCCUUGGAGCUGUUCUGA